AUGCCUUCUUCUCCAGCGGUAACACAAUCUCUCUUCUCAAAUUUCCAUCCCUAAUCAUGUCUUUCUUCUCCCUUCUCACUUGCCUAGCUUUCCUUUCCUUCUUCCUCGCCGGAAUUCCUUUUGCUUCUUGCAUUAACUUCACUGUCUACGACUUCGGAUCUGAGUCGGCCAUCAAGAUCUCCGGCAAUAUCAACGUGUCCGGCGGCCCGCUCCAGCUCACUGGCGGCCAACCCAACGCCGCCACCGCCUACUACGCCCACGCUAUCCCGAUGUGGAGCGCCGCCACCAACGAGAACGCCAGCUUCUCCACCUACUUCGAGUUCUCUGUCUCCUUCCCCGGCGGCGGCGGUGGCAGCGCAGUAAACUCCUCCACCACCGGUGGUUUCUCCUUCUUCCUGGCACCGUACGAUUCGUUCGAUCACAGGACUUCCAGAGUCAACUCGACGAGCUCCGACCGCCUGGCCGUGGAGUUCAAUUCCUAUCGGGUGAACUCGACCUCCAACGGCGCAGCCGCUGCGAACAACGACACGCUCGCUGCCCGAAUCUCCUACAACGCAACCUCCAAGUCUCUCCUCGUCCAAUUCGAGGACCUGAUCAAGGCGAGUCCCAACUCCAUGUCGUUGAAUCUUAAUCGCUCGGUGGAUGUGAGGGAAGUCUUGCCGGAAAAAGUGCUGGUGGGCUUCUUCGUCACCAAUGGAUCGGGGGCGGCUCUCCAGAGGAUCACAAGAUGGAAUUUCACCUCCGAUCUCGAGCCGAAAAGGAACAAAUCCACGCUCGAGUUAUGGACGGUGGCUCCCGUCGUCGCUCUGAUCCUUGCUCUGAUACUGGCGGCGCUGACUUACUACAUCUGUAGAGGAAGAGGGUCGUUGAGGACGAAGAUCCUGUAUUUUGCUAUACUAAGUCUGGAAAAAGGCGUGACCUUUGCGCGUCGACCGUUGUUAUUGCGUCGAUUGAUGACUAACAAAGUAGAGAAUGCAAGCUUGAACUUGACCGAAUCUAUGGACGACGAGUUCAGCACGGGGACGACUGGGCCGCGGCGGUUCUCGUACCUGGAGCUCGCGUUGGCGACGAACAACUUUUCGGAGAAGAGGAAGCUAGGCGAGGGAGGGUUCGGCGGCGUCUACAAGGGGUUUUUGUGUCGGUCCGGUAGAGAAGUGGCGGUGAAGAAGAUAUCGAGCCAGUCGAAACAGGGGAGGAAGGAGUACGAGUCGGAGGUGAAGAUCAUCAGCCGGCUUCGCCACCGGAAUCUGGUGCAGCUCCUGGGGUGGUGCCACGAGCGCGGCGAGUUCCUUCUGGUGUACGAGUUCCUCCCCAACGGCAGCCUCGACGCGCAUCUGUUUGGGCGGAAGACGCCGCUGCCGUGGAGUAUACGUUACAAGGUGGCGGCGGGGCUGGCGAAGGCGCUGCUGUACCUGCACGAGGAGUGGGAGCAGUGCGUGGUGCACCGGGACAUCAAACCCAGUAACGUGAUCCUCGACUCCGGGUUCAACGCCAAGCUGGGCGACUUCGGGCUGGCGCGGCUGGUGGACCACCAGGUGGGCCAGCACGCCACCGGGGUCGCCGGCACGCUGGGCUACCUGGCGCCGGAGUGCUUCCACACGGGGAAGGCCAGCAAGGAGUCGGACGCGUACAGCUUCGGGAUGGUGGCUCUGGAGAUCGCGACGGGGCGUCCGGCGGUGGAGCACGGGAACGUGGCGGUGGCGGUGCCGGUGCGGCUGGUGGAGUGGGUGUGGGAGAUGUACGGAAAGAGGCGGCUGAUGGAGGCGGCGGACCAGAGGAUGGGGUCGGACUUCAAGGCGGAGGAGAUGGAGAGGCUGAUGCUGGUGGGGCUGUGGUGCGCGCACCCGGACCAGAGGCAGAGGCCUUCCAUGAGGGAGGUCAUCCAAGCUUUGAGGUUCGAAGGCGCAGUGAUACCGAACUUGCCGAAGAAGAUGCCGGUGCCGGUUUUUCCUUCUCUCCUACCGCCGACCCUUAGUUCCCCCAGUACGCCGCCGACGAUCACAUUCGGAAGCUUCACCACCGGAAGGUAGCUAUCAACUUUAACUAACCACUGUUUUAUUUGGUGUUAUGUAAAGACUUCCCAUUCCAAUUCCAGUUCCAGUUCCAGUUCGACAUUGUUGAAUUUUGUGGAAUUUAUAAGAAAACUAUGGUUUCCAAUCCUCUGUAUG